AUGCCAGACGCACAAAAAAUAUAUGAAAGAAACUUCCAACAGAGCAAGCCAGAGCACUCUCUGACUGCAGCACAGCAAACAUUUACAGCUAAGGCAAAAUCUGUUGAUGAAAUCAUUGCUUCACUGCGGUCUGGUAGACACACCACCUCCCAGUCUGCUUCAGACCAAAAGAUCAAAGGACUCUUGGAGAGAGUGUUUGGCUACAGUUAUAGCAGUAAAAGUGAGGAGAUGACGAAAAUCACAGCUGAGCAGAAACAGGAGAGUGAUAUGGUAUUGCUGCACUCUGAAUGGAAGGCUUCACUGACAGAUUCUCAGUGGACACCUCGAAAGCACAGACAUAAGACCAGCUUAAAUGCUGACUGGCUGCAUGUCCUGCAGGGGGCAGAGCUGCAUGUGAAGUUAGCUAAGAAUUUUGGCCAAGAGGAUGUUGUGAUGAUCUGGGAGCAUGAGCAUGAUAAAGUGGGGAAUUAUCGAGCAGCAGUGACUUGGAGAAAUUUUGAGGAGACUCAGAAUGUCAUGAGCUACUUGGAGCAGCUCUCUCUGAGGUGCUCACGUAGUCAUGAUGGCAAUGGCUGCGACUGCACUAGAGCUGGGUUCAGUCGAUCAGAAUUUGGAGUGAUUAUUGCUGGGCUUCCUCAAGCUGUUGAGGCAUUGGAACUGUUGUUUGAAAAUAUUGAAUCUUUAAGGGAAAUCAAACAGAAAAUCCAAAAGGAGGAAGGAACCAUAAAGGCUUCGGGCAGCACUGUGCAAAGUUCAAUGACACCUCCAGAAACAGAGGAAAGGCCAAAAUCUAUAUCAGCACUUACUUCAGCACUGGAACUGACACCUUCCAGAGAAACUUCUUUUGAGGUUCCAGACAGAUUUCAGGAUACUCUAACCAAGGAGGAAGUAGAAAAGAUUCUUGAAUUAUCUGGAAAGGUCACUGUUUCUGAUAUAAUUCAUGUAAAAGGAACUUCAUUUGGAUUAGCAAAGAGAAUUUCAGAUGACCAGAAAAUCCUACUUGGGGAUGAAGAGCCUGACCAACAAGUCUCAGUGGUAGCCACACGGAUCCCAAUGAAUAAACAUCGAGGGCAACAGAAUAUCCACCACCUUUGCAUUGCUGAGCUGAGUCAUGUAUUACCCAUUGAUUUGCAACUGGCUUCAAAGUUGUAUUAUACUCCAAACCGAAGAGGACAUGGCAGUAGUAAACUUCCAGAGUCAAUUCAGCUAGAGGAAUCAUACAUGUAUAAAGAUGAAGAUUUUUCAUCUGAACAACAGAAGAUAGCAAGAAUUAUCUAUGAAGGAAUUCCUGCAUCAGAAGCAAGUCAGGAAAAAGUGCAGGAUAGUGUCAGAAUUUUACCACCACUUUCACCUGAAUAUUUGAGGGAAUGGCAAAGAAUUGCAGAAUAUUAUGUGGAGAGACCCAGAAUUAUGUUAUUGGGAGAGUCAAUGGAGAUUUACAAAGAUGCAACAAAGUUGUUUUGGACAUCGACAUUUCCUAAGUUUGCUGUUCCUAUUUCAUGCAUGCAAGAAACCCUGUAUCCCCAGUUAAAAGUGGAACUGGAUCACACAGCUUUCUGUGACUUUGACAAGGAAAUAUAUCAAUUGGAUGAAGAGUAUGACAGUGAUGAUGAGGAGGAAAGUUUGGAACACAAAGCUGCAAUGCAAAGAACACUUUUCAAAAAGCACAAAUCAUUACCAGAUCUACGAGUAUUUUCUUUUUAUUCUUCCAGUGAGUCAUUCACAAACAGUAACUUCCAGUGCAGAAUGAAUUAUGCUAUGAUCGGGCCAAAACCUGUGAUGGAGCAGGUGGGUGGGGUGGAUAUAGAGCUCCUUGUUUCAUAUGAAGAGAAAAUAUUCCAGCUGGCCGAAGAAGAGGACAGCUGCUCACGUGGAGAAGGGGACACCUCGCUGGGCAACCAAACCAAUAAACCUCAUUGUGUGAGUAUGAUACCUGAACGGACAAUACAACAUUCGGUACAAAAGAGGAGGAUAGUUAUAUAUAUAAAUUUACAAAACACCACUGACAAACCUGUGAUUACCAAGCAUAACUCGUUACCAAACCUCCAUUUCUUUGAAGAUGAGAAAAGCCUGCCGCUAUCUGCUCCUUUCAAAACUAUGAUGAAGGAGAUCGAACUCCAGAGGGAACAACUAAUUCAGGCUUCAGUAGAGACCACCAAACGGGAAGAACAGGCAAAAAGGAAAUCAGUAGAAGGCUUUCUGACUCCAGAUGCUUCUCAACUGAAUGCAAUGCCAGUAAGAAGCAUAUCUAUAGAACAGAUGCAACCUUCAGUUGCAGCUCCAGUAACAGAAGCAGUCAUCAAAAGAACAAAAAAGACAAAACGCCGAAAAAAACUUAAAGCUUAUAUGAGAAAAACACCUUUAUCAACACAGUUAGCUUUUGUUUACAAAAAACUGUCGAUGCCUCCAAAGCGUAUCAAAAGAUCAGAAUCUUUCCCUACACUAAUUACUCGGAAAGGUGAAAAUCGUAACGUUCCCCAGCGAGAUUCUAGCGUACCUCGCUUAUUUAACUUUGAAAACUUUGCAAAAAAGAAAGGAGGAAUUCCUGAAGGUGUCGUGACCAGAGAGUGGGUCAGGGAUAUAUGGAACAAGUGGUUUGAUGAAGUCUUCCUGCCAUCAGAACCAACCAGUCCAGCAACUAUCGAUAAAAAAGAUAUACCGGUGCUUCUAAAAGAAAAAGGAGCUUUUCAAUUGCACGUCAACCUGCAGGAGAUAGAACUGCAGAAUUUACAGCUAUCAACAGAACAAGAGAAUUUAGAAGUGUAUCCAACAGGUUCCCAGUCUGAAGUCACUCGAGCUGUUUUGCAGUCUUUAGUAGAUGAUGUAACGUACCGCAUAGAUGUAAAUGGUGAAUCCACAGCAUUUAAUUAUUGCCGUCGGGGAGCUUUGUGUAGAAGAUUAGGACAGUUAAAGUCAGCCAUGGAGGAUUUAAAUGAAGCUAUUAAAUUAGAACCGAUGUUGCUUGAUAGCUAUUGGCAGAGACAUUUCCUUUAUCUUCUUCAGUUGAGAACAUCUGAUGCACUAGAUGAUCUUAAUUUUGUACUUAAACACAAUAGAAAUCAUGCAGAUGCCUACACUUCAAAGGGAGACAUUUAUAGAAAUAAAGGGGAUAUCACAAUGGCAAUCAUAAAUUAUUCUCAGGGCCUCAAAUGCAGACCUGAUGCUGAUAUCUAUUUCAAGAGAGCUGAGAUGUAUGAAAAAAACAAUGACCUACUUUUAGCUAUGGAAGAUUAUUUUAUGGCUUUUAGUUUGAACCCAAAAAGAACAGAUGCUUUGAUGAAACGUGCUUUAUAUUAUUUUGAGAAUUCCACCUGGCAGUUAGCAAUUCAGGAUCUUACAACACUAAUCAAACAGGAACCUGGCAAUGCUAAAGCCAGGAUUUAUCGUGGACAGGCAUAUACGAAACAAGGAAUGCACAAGGAAGCAAUUGAGGAUUUGUUUACUGCUAUCCACUUGGAUCCUAACAACUGGGUGGCUUUCUAUCACAGAGGCUGCUUGCUGAGAAAGAUUCAACCACAGCAAGCUCUACAGGACUUCAGUGUUUCAGUGCUUAUCAAUGAAGAUGUUGAGAAUUUGGAAUCAUUUUUGCAUCGUGGUAUUUUGUACACUGAACGUGGCGAGUGGCACGCAGCAAUAUAUGACUUUGAAAAUGUACUCCAGCUUGACAGAUCUAUUUGCUUAGCUCAUAUAAAUCUUGGGCUUAUUUAUCUUCUAAAAUUGGACUACUAUUAUGAAGCAAUCCGUAAAUUUUCAAAUGCCUUAAAGGUUGAACCAACUUCAACAAGAGCCUAUGUAUGCCGGGCAAAGGCGUAUCAGAAGAUCCAUAAUCUGACAAGAGCAUUGAAAGAUAUAACAUGCGCCAUUCACCUCCAGCCUCAAAUACAUUACUUCUACCUCUUAAGAGGACAAUAUCUGUAUGAAAUGAAAAAUUUUGAACUUGCCAGUUUUUGUAUCCAAUAUUCUGCUGAGAUCAAUCAAGCUUCUGAUUCCUCUCCGAUUCAGCAAGCCACUGUACAAGUUUUUCUGAAAAAUUAUGACAAAGCUAUAGAGAACUUGAACGGAAUGGAAAAAACAUCACCACUGUUAAUGUUUCUUGGGAAAAGCCAAAUGAAAGCUGGCAAACAUGAGGAUGCACUGAGCAGCUUUCAGAAAGCUUUGGAUCUCGAACAUGAAGCUUCUGAAAUAGGAAUUACAAACACAGUUACUACAAGUGUAGAAGUAUAUUACCACAUGGGUCUUUGCUACAUUGAACUAAAUCAACUCCGAGAGGCAAUUGAUUCCUUUAAUAGUGCAGUGAAAUUGCUCCCAAAUUUUGCUAAAGCUUAUUAUCAGCGAGGAUUAUGCGGUUUGAAACUUCAUGACUUUAAUUGUAUCUAUGACUUUCACAGAGCACUUGCACUCAACCCCAAACUCUUUGAGGUCUAUCUAAGUCGAGCUGUUUAUUAUGCAAUACAAGGACGCUUUCUUAAGGCCAUUCUAAGCUGUAAUGAAGCAUUGAAAAUUGAGCCCAGGAGUGUAAGAGCUUUUCUAUGCAGAGGGGCACUGAAAUUUUACAGCAAGGCAUAUCAUUUAGCGAUUGCAGAUCUAACUGAAGCAAUAAACAUGAAUGAGACCUGCACCUUGGGUUAUUUUAACAGAGCUGUCUGCUACCAGAAGAUGAAUGAUCUUCAAAAGGCAUUGAAAGACUAUGGAAUAGUUCUGCUUCUUGGCAGUGACAAAAGGUUAACUUUGAAGGUGCUCGUUAAUCGUGGUCUGUUAUAUUUGAAGAUGGACGACCACCAGAAUGCACUAAAGGUCAGCAGAGCAAACAUGACAAAGGACUUCCAGCAAGAAAAGAAUGAUAAACUUUUGGACUUUAAAGCAGCAAAUGCAGGACAACCAGAAAAUGCUUACAUUCAUCAUGCUGUAGCUAUCUGCUGUCAUAAACUUCAGUAUUUAGAAGAUGCUGUAAACAGUUUCAGUCAAGCACUGAAAUUGGACCCAUUUUUUGUGGAUGCAUAUAAUGGACGCGGAAAUGUGUACAUGGAUUCUGCUCACACAGCUGGAAUAAAGCAAGCACAAAAAGACUUUGUGCAAGCACUUCAUUUAAAUCCAAAAUGUGUGAAAGCUAGACUCAAUCUAGGAUACAACUUUCAGGUUCUGGGAAGAUUUCAGAAAGCAUGGAAUCAGUUUACAAUUACAAUUGAUAUUGAUCCAAUGUUUCAUGAUGCUUAUGAAGGUCGAGCAGUGAUUAAUCUACAAAUGAACAAUACAUUUGCAGCAUUUCAGGACAUCAAUGCUGCAUUGAAGAUUUGUAAAUCUGCAAAGUUGUUUACAAACCGUGGAGUGAUCAACCAGUUCACAGGAGAUCUAACCAAUGCUAUGAGAGACUAUCAGAAAGCUGUAUCUCUCGAUCCCACCUAUUCACUGGCUUAUUUUAAUGCAGCCAACCUUUACUUUUGCAACAGACAAUUUGCACAGGCUCAUGACUACUACACCAAGGCAAUUAAUUUGCAACCAGGAGAUGAAUCUGCUUUUCUAAACCGAGCCAUAUGUCGUGUUCUGCUUCGGCGUGCUCAAGAUGCACUGGAGGACUUUGAAGAAGCUGUAAAACUUAGUCCUUAUUCAGCUCACAUUUAUUUCAACCGUGCAAACCUCUAUGCCACUCUAAAACAAUAUAAAGAUGCUGAGAGAGAUUAUUCACAGGCACUGCAGCUAAUGCCGGAUGAUGCUUUAUAUUACAAACUCCGUGCAGACGUCCGGGGCCAUUUGGGUUUGAUUGAAGAAGCUAUCAUUGAUUACAAAACAGCAUUAGACAUCCAAGAAACUGAAUAA